AUGAAGGCUGCUGGCAGGCAGAAGCUGGACCAGAGAGCCUUUCUGGAGCAGGUGCAUGAAUGCAGGGACAAUGGCUACCUGCUGUCCUUCAAGAAGAUUGGCUCUGGGGCCUUCUCCAAAGUCUACCUGGCCUACGCCACGCAGGAGCGCAUGCAGCACAACUCCAAGCUGGCCUCUGACCUGUGGGGCAAGCACCACUCCAUGGUGGCUAUCAAGAUCGUCUCCACCGCGGAGGCCCCUGUGGAGUUCUCCCGCAAGUUCCUGCCCCGUGAGAUUUCAUCACUCAAUGCUACCUACAAGCACCUGAACGUGGUGCAGCUGUAUGAGACCUUCGCGAACAGCCGGCGCACCUACUUGGUGCUGGAGCUGGCGGCCCGCGGCGACCUGCUGGAGCACAUCAACGCCGUGUCCGCUCACCGCCGCUGCCCGGGACUGGAGGAGGAGGAGGCCCGCAGGCUGUUGUGGCAGCUGGUCAGUGCUGUGGCGCACUGUCACAACUCAGGCAUAGUGCACCGGGACUUGAAGUGUGAGAACAUCCUGCUAGAUGACAGAGGCUGCCUAAAGCUGAGUGACUUUGGCUUUGCCCAUCAGUCCGGGUUCAAGAACACAUUGCUGAGCACCUUCUGCGGCUCUGUGGCCUAUACAGCCCCAGAGAUCCUCAUGAGCAAGAAGUACAACGGGGAGCAGGCUGACCUGUGGAGCCUAGGUGUCAUCCUCUACGCCAUGGUGACUGGGAAGCUGCCCUUCAAGGAGCGCCAGCCCCACCGAAUGCUCUACCUGAUGCGCCGCGGCCCCACCUUCCGGCCAGGCCUGUCCCCAGAGUGCCAGGACCUGAUCCGAGGCUUGCUCCAGCUGCGCCCGCGAGCUCGCCUGGGCCUGCAGCAGGUGGCCACCCACCACUGGAUGCUGCCCGCUGCACAUGCGCACUUCUGCAUCACGCCCAGCGCUAUACCAGGUGUGGCAGGCCUACCUGGGUGGGUAGGUGGGAGGCUCCUCAGUGCCCCUCCUGACCCUCCCACUGCGAUCCAUUGCAGAAAAAGCAGAGAAGCCCCAGCUCCGAACAUCCCCGGACAAUGUGGAGACCAAUGCGGACUCUGA